AUGUUUCACAAGGUAACCAAAGACCUGGCAAAGCAGCUGGCUCACGAUGGAGAUCUGAUCCCAGUUUGCAGCCUUAUCGACCAAGAUCAAUUCAGACCCCUAAACCUCGUUCAAAGGCAACCAAAAAAGAGAUUAUGGAGGACUCAGCACCGCUACUACAAAACAGGAUUUAGGCUCUGUGACGUUCUGGUACCUGGACAGGACAGCAGAAAUCCAGAUGUUCAGGAUUCACGCUCAAUCACUGUUAAGGAUUACAUUGAUGGCACAGUAGCGUGGACUAUUAAGCUGCCUGAUGACUUUGUGAGAACGGAAGUGACAGGAGCUGCCAGCACCUACCAAGGGAAGUCCAUCAAGGUGAAAAGAGUAGAGGUCAGACCAGCAGACCUCAUGUUGCUACAAGGAGAAAGGAAAAUCAACAUGGACCAUUCCUUCAUUGAGGGUUUAAGGAAGCGCAGAGAGAACUUGUACGUGAUCAAUGAGGCUGUACAGGCUUUGGAGGAGACCACAUUUUCCAAGUCCAGUACCAUAGAAGGCAGCAUUCUGAAUGAGAUCUGUGUCCAUUUUUCAUUAAAGGUUCGAUUUCUACCUAGAUUCAAGAAAUGCAGGGGGGGGGAACAGCCCCCUCUUUUUAGCACAUCUCUGUGCUGUUUGUGCUCGCUAACUCCUCUUUCCAUGAACCAGGGCACCAGAGGCAACCAGAGAGUCAUAGUUAUCCCUAAGGACUGCGUCUUGGCAUUCAGAAUCAAGCCACUCAUUAUUCAAAGUGAAUCAUGGGGCAUUUCCCAUUAUCCAGAUGAUGAAACAUUUGUUGCCGAUGGUCCAACAGAGGAAUCUGAUUACUCCCCAGAUGGAGGAAUGGAAGGCCUACAGAGAGAAGUUGAAAAGGAAUGUGCAGAGCUCUUACAGUUGUCCACAGAUCUGCGUGCCAAGUUCUUAAAAUCAAUCAUAGCCAUGAUAAUAAACAUCGACCUCUUGCAAGAACUCAAACUCAAGCUAGAAGAGGCUUUUGAAGAUGCUGAUAAAUGUGAGCUAAAGAGUGAGAAUCCAGACUUGGAAGACUUGCUAAACACUUUACAGGAUUCUGCAGGAAACAUAAAUCUUUACCUUGCUGGGCCGGUUCUCUACACUCUUCAAGCACUUGGUGAGCUAACUGAGGAUCAGUUACUGCGGCUGGCACAGUCUGUGAAGAAGCAGAUUGUAUCCAAACAGCUUGAGCUGGUCAAGAGCAUCUUGAAGCAAGAUUUGCACCUGAAAGAAGCUUUCAGCCUGGAUGCCAAGCUGGUCUCCUCCCUGCAAGAGGAGGAACUGAACAUAACCAAGGCAAUGAUAGAGCUGGGUGGAGUAACACUGCAGAGAAAUGGACCUUCUUUCACUGGGACUGGAGACCUGGCAGCUUUCUCAGCCCUCAGAGCAUUGUAUGUAGCCUUGUAUGCUUUACAUCUUCUGUCUAGAUCAGACUAGACAUGACACCUUUCCUCACAUUAGAAGGGAUGUCAAUAGAAAGACUGAAAAAAGAUUUACUGAGGUUGAUUAUGGGAAGUGAGUUUUUCUCUACAAAAAGAAUCCCCAAUUUUAUACACACCCACACACUGUAGCAACCUUACUUUGAUCUGGAUGAGACUCUCUUCAUGUCUCCUCAAUGCUGCUUCUAGAUCAGUGGGUGGGAGAAGGGGACUGUUGCAAGUUGCCUGGCAGCCAAAGGAAGUGAGAAACCAGAACCAAGAAUUAAAACAGGUUCUCUCAUGACAACCCAUGGCCCAGGACGUCAUGAGCUUGUCUGCCAUAUUUUGGCAGAACCGGCCAAUGGGAGCUUUUUUUUUUUUUUUGGGGGGGGGGCGCCGCCUGCAGGCCAGAGCCGGGUGGAGCUGCUUGCGCGCCUCUGCCUAGGAGCUGGACCUGCCGCUGGCCGCUUCAGGAGCAGCAUGGUCCACGGUGCCAGAAUGGGCAUGAAGCCUGCCUUUGCACCCCGGCUGCACCCCUGACUGGGAGCUGCCGGAGGUAAGUCAUCUUUAUCCUGUUUUUCUAGUUCUGAUAAGGUGGGUAAGGUAAUAUAUUUUAUUGGACCAACUGCUGAUAGUGAAAGAGACAACCUUUCGAGCUACAGAGAGUUCUCCUCCAGAAGAAGAGCUCUGUGUAGCUUGAAAACUUCUCUCCUUCACCCACCAAAGUUGGUCCAAUAAAAGAUAUUAUCUGACCCACCUUGUCUCUCUGAUAUCCUGGGACAAACACAGCUACAACCCUACAAUUUUGUAGUUCUGUAAUUUUGAUUAUGGUAUUAAUAAAACUCAGUGUCUCUGUGUGUAUCAUCAAUUAUCUUCUUCACACUUAAUCUUGAAGUAGCUGCCAAAAAACGAAUCUGUUAUUAGUAACAAGUGCAUUUUGCACCCCAAAUUAAUCAUAAGGCAACAAAGUCCAAAGAAACUGAC